GAAUGAAAAUGAUCCCGAUGUCAUACUCCCGUUGAUUUUUGAAAUCGACUUAAAGAUAAGUGUGCGAAACAACGAUUGUACCGUAACACUAAGAGCACCCGGUACCAUAUCAGGUGAGUUUUUUUUUCUGAAUUGUUUUACAUUGAUAUUUCAAAUUGAGAUGUGUUUCUUAUGGUCAUUCGUAAUCUAAACAAUAACUAUCCUUUGUGGGAAAUCCGUUCCUGAUCUUCGCUUCGACCAAAUCUUUGGACUUUAGCUGACUUCGAUCGCCUCGAGAACAAAAAAAUGGGGAUGGGAUUAAAACGUGUUGAUGUACAAUUGAAUACUGGAACACUGCUGGAGUCCAUGGUGAAUGAGGCACGGUUGGUUGUGUUCAAUGCAGUAGAGGCUGCAGCGAAGUCAAACUCUGCGACGAAAGGGAAUGAGCACAAUAGAGUUAAUCCUUCUUCACAGUUGUCGUCGGGAUUUUCUAGCUUUAAAUUAUCCGCCCCUUCGACGAAAGGUUCUAGUGGGGGCCUUCCGCCUCCCUCUCCACAAGGGGGAAAGCAUCAACCCUCGCAUCGUGCUUUGAAGGCACAAUCUUCAUCGUUGAGGCUUGGCAGUGUUUUGUCGUCUUCCACCUCCACUUUUCAGAAAACAAGAUCUGUUCAGUUCAACAGCUCAGACUUGAAGCCGAAAUCAAAUAUGAUACCGACGCCCAAGCGACAAAAGUUGGCGACAGCUGCUCGCUUGACAAGCAUCAAAUCUUUUGGUCGACCCCAUGGUGGCGAUUUUGGGGCGGAAGGUGGCCCGAAAAAUGCAACAUUUGGAGACUUUGGCGGCGGUAGCCAAAGGUUCUGGGGGCGAGACGGAAAGCUUGCAAGCAAGCCGAAACCGAUGCUACCCUMCGAGACAACCGAUAUGAUGACUUCCCAAACACGAAGAAAUGCAAACGCUUCGUUUGAUAUUCAAAAGCCUCCUAUUCACUUAAGUAGCGGGUCCGAUGUUAGGAUGGGUCUAGGAGGAAAGAAGAAGCCACCAGCUGAGAAUCAAGUUCCACCAUCCAUUCCACGGACUGCAACCGCGCUUGAGGCCAUGUACAUAAAGAAGUUUGGCGGGAAAUUCUGAAUUUCAUAAUAGAAUAGGAAAAUAGUG